GGCAAAAUGGCGGCCUGAGGCGAGAGAGCGGGGCCGGGGCCGGGCGGGGGCAAAGUUUGGGGCGGGCCCGAGGCGAGGCCGAACCGGGGCCGAACCGGCCGCAAAGUCACUGGGACCCCUGGUGGAGCCGAGCCCGACCGGAUUCAGAGAAGGAACUGGGAUAAAGGGCCUAUAUAAAAUGAAGCCAUGAAUCCUUACUGAAUCUUCAGACAGCAGUAUGUGCCACCUGCUAUAUAUGGUGACUUCCACACAUACAGAAUUUAUGGCCAAGGAAUAAGAGCUGUUGGCCAGAUGCUGCUGCAUACUGACAGGAGAAAGCUGAUUCGGAGACAAACGACCAGAAAUGUUUGGACACGUCGUCACUUUGGAUCUGUCAUCUGAGUGAGUGUCCUGGCUUCAUGAGGCUUUGAAUUUGAGUCCAGGCUGGUAACCCGCUUUCGGAGCCACGCAGGUGGGAGGAUGUCGAGCACAGCCCCGUCAAAGAAGCCUUACCGCAAGGCGCCCCCCCAGCACCGCGAAAUCCGACAUGAGGUGCCCAUCAUUCGUGACGACCAGGAUGGAGUGAUCUUGGCUGAGCAGAGUCAGGAACCCUUGACGGAUGCAGAAAGGAUGAAGCUACUGCAGCAUGAGAAUGAAGAGCUUCGUCGACGGCUGACAUACGUGACUAACAAAAUGGAGGCAAUGGAGAGGGAACUGGAGUCAGGUCAGGAUUACCUGGAGAUGGAACUGGGCCAGAACCGUGAGGAGCUGGAGAAGUUCAAGGACAAAUUCCGUAGGUUGCAGAACAGCUACACUGCCUCCCAGAGAACCAACCAAGACCUGGAGGAGAAGCUGCAUGCCCUGAUUAAAAAGGCAGAAAUGGACCGCAAGACGCUGGACUGGGAGAUUGUGGAGCUCACUAAUAAAUUGCUUGAUGCCAAAACCACCAUUAAUAAGCUGGAGGAACUCAAUGAGCGCUAUCGACAGGACUGUAACCUUGCAGUACAACUGCUCAAGUGUAACAAGUCUCACUUCAGGAACCACAAAUUUGCUGAUCUUCCCUAUGAACUGCAGGACAUGGUGAAUAAGCAUUUGCACAGUGCGCAGGAGUCUGCAGGCCCUGGCCAAGAGGCAGCCCACACCUUGGCUCCAUCUGAUGUUGUGCCCACCUCAGUCAUCGCCAGAGUCUUGGAGAAACCAGAAUCUCUGGUUCUGAAUUCAGCCAAGUCUAGCAGUGGCAGCUGUCCCAUGGCUGAAGAUGUCUUUGUGCAUGUGGACAUGAGCGGAGCCCUUCCUGAUGCCUGCAACAGUGCAGGGCAGAUGGGGAAGGAGGGAGGAGAUGUGGGGAAACAGCAGAAUGGUGGCUGCAAGCCACAGAGUAGUGUGGAAAGUGUGCCUGAGGAGGUGCCUGCCUUUGAGAAGCUAAGCCCAUACCCUACUCCCUCACCUCCCCAUCCUAUGUACCCAGGGCGCAAAGUGAUUGAGUUCUCUGAGGACAAGGUAAGGAUCCCAAAGAACAGCCCCCUGCCCAACUGUACGUAUGCUACACGCCAGGCCAUCUCCCUCAGCCUGGUACAGAGCGAAGAUGAGAGCUGCGACAGGCACCGGACACUCCCCAGCAGCCCUGCUUCAGAAGGGCACCGUUCAGCCUCCAGCUGUUCCUGUCAGCAGUCCCCUAAAGCAGCCAGGGCUCACGGCUCUUCCCAGAGCAGCCCAUUCAGCAGCCCUCCCCAAAUCCCGAGCGCCUUUGCCAGCUCUGCCAGCUCUGAGGAGGACCUGCUGGCUAACUGGCAGCGUAUGUUUGUGGAUAAGGCACCCCCCACCUCAGAGCGAGUGCUGAUGAACCGCACGGCUUUCAGCCGUGAUACAGCCCCCGAGCUCCAGAAGAGGUUCAGCCGCUCCAUGCAGGAGCUGGGUAGAGCGGCCUCAGCUUACUCAGAUGGUGAGGAGUCUGCGCAGAGCUGCAGCUGGACCGUGAGCCGGGACUCAAGCGUGGACACAGACAGCACCGAGUCCAGAGCCCGCAGGAGCCAUUUCUCCUCAGACUAUGGUACAGAUUUCUCCCAGGAUGAAGCCCAAAAGCUGUUGCUUGAAAGCGGUGGAGGCACUGCUGAGCCUGAAAGCCCCUCACCAGAGAAGCACAAGGACUAUGUAGACCUUGGCUUGCCUGAAAGCCCAGCUGAGGAGAGAGAAAUGCUGCUCCAGGGAAACAAGGAGAGCAGCCAAGGAGGUGUCCAAGAGGAAAGCAGAGAAGGCAGGGUCAAGCCUCCUUUCAGUCGGCCGCACCGCAGCCCCAAGAGGAUGGGGGUGCACCACUUACAUCGCAAAGACAGUCUGACACAAGCCCAGGAACAGGGCAACCUUCUCAGCUGAGGCAGAGCAAGAAGCAGCCAUGCUUAACAGAGCUGUGGGAUGCCCCCAUCAGUCCACCUGAGGGAGAAGCCUCCCUUAGUACCCUCCUCCUGGGGGAAAUCUGCUCUGAGGUUUUAUAUUUAUUCUCUUCUUUUGCUACCUGGAAGAGCUGGGAUAUCCCUUCCCUGGUACCUCAGACCCUCAGUACAAGCACACACAGUGUGCAGAAGCACACCCACUGCCCUGACACACUCACAGCUCUCUUCACAGCCUCACACUGGUGCCUGUACCAGAGCUAGUUCUUGGUACCUCUUGUCCUGGUGCCUGUGCCUCUUUUUGCUCUCAUCCCCCUUCCCACUCAGGUACCUGAGGCCCUGGGUGCUCUCUUGUUUCCCCGCAGCUGCUCUGCUCUCUUUUAACUUGUGCCAACAGGGCAGAGUGCCUGUGUGGUGGUGUCUGAUUCCCUGGGAGCCCCAGAGGCUGUGAGUGGGGCACGAGGGCUCUCCCAGCAGAUGGCUGUGUGCCGUGGGGAUGAGCUGGGAUGCUGGUGUCUCAUCUUCCUCCUGGGUUUUGUUUUCCCCAGCCCCCCACUGGGUGAGUCUUCACAAUCUGCCUCUGCAGGUCGCUGUCACGUGUCUCCAUGGUUGGGCUCAGCGCCUGGUCCCCACUGAAGCAAUGCACAGGGGCUGGUGCUGUGGUGUGGGACAUGGGGAGGCAGUGCUUGCUGGGCUCUGGGGUUUGUAUUUGUGUGUCUCCUCCCUCACACCUCUUCCCCUGUUCUCUGUGCUGUUGUUUUGUUUGAAUGGUGCUGAUGCUUUGCUCUUGGGUGGGCUUCUUUCUUCUUUCCAAGCCUUUGGUUUUGGGGUGUAUUGUUUUUUCUUUCCCCCACCCCACGUAAACAGACACAGCCGUUGGCAGCCGGUCUGAUGCCUGCACUGAGGGUGUGUUGAGGAGUCUCAGCUAUCAGAGCUGCACUUGCCUCUGAUCCUGGCCUCCAGCCUGCAGAAACCCCUUCAGAUUUAAGAACAAGGUUUUGCCCCAGGCAGGCAAGGUGUGAAGGAUGCUGCCGGGCUUUUCUGGGAAGGGCUUGGUGCAGGGCCAGCAGGGAUGCGAGGGCAGCGUGCUGAGGAGCUGCUCCCUGCAGAUGCACUACCUCAUGGCUCAGCAGCAGACCUUCACCAGGGUCUCCUUGCACGUCCCCUUCUCUGAGGGGCUCCAGGCUCUGGUGCCUCUCUGGGGCCUCCCUUCCUGGGUAGGGCUCUCUGUGUGUUUUUCCUAGCGUAGUGUGAUAUUGUGUGACUUUUCUUCUCAGUCUUGUGUGCUCAGUGUCUUGUUGGGGGGGAGGGAAGGGGAGAGGUCUGUAGAUGUAGGUAUUUUUUUGAGGGCUUACAAAGCCCAGGCCUCCUGUUUUAAUUUUGUCCUGUGCCCUUGUCUGUUUGGUGUUUCUUGGCUUCCAUGAGAGUGCAGGGCAGAGAACAGCCCAGUCCCUUCACCGUAGCCUGUUCAAACCCGCCCUCAGCCUGCUGUCUUGUUUUUGAGUUGGGUUUGUGUUGUCCUCUCACCCUACACCACGCGGGCUCUUCAUUGGGCUGGAGUAGAGCAUCCUUCUCUCCAGGAGGGAGCAUCUGUGCAUAUGCUUGCAUCGAGAUUUGCAGCCAAGUGCUGUCUGGGGGGCCUGCUCCCCUCCCCUAACCCCUGUCUCUGUAAAGGGCUUGCAGCUUGUAGCUGGGGCCAGCCAGGGCUUCAGCUUGAGCCUAGAGGCUCCAGGGCCAGUGAAGGGGAGCUGCACGCCUCUCUGGCAAGCUGUGUAUGUUGUUUUAUGUACCCUGGGCAGAGUUGCUGCCUACACACUGACCUUGUUUCCCACCUGGAACAGUUGUAGAGUUGGAUGCCACCCUCUAGUGGGGAGGUGGGACUCAGUAUUUCACUGCAGUGUUUCGCUGUGCAAACAGGCUGAGAGUGGGAGCCUCCUCUGAACCUGCAGUGUUUAUCUCCCCAUCCCAGUUGUGGAGGGGCGGGGGGUUGUCCUUGUGUUUGCUGCCAUCAGCCACUCCACUGCUGCAUUUCUUUUGUUCUUCUGCAGCACUGCUGAGGGUUUGCAUCUGCAGCAGCUGCCAGAUCCUGCCUCACAGAUGUCACCUGGGGUUGGCUGCUCGCUGAGUGAGCUGCUCUGAGGCUGCUGGUGGCCUGCAGUGGGGGAGGCAUUGCCCCCCAGGGCUCAGCUCCAUCUCUCCUGAAUCCUGGCAUGCUGGCCAGUGGACAAAACUCUUGCUGAGGUAGCUGGUGCUGAUGAUGCUGAACAGAGCUGGCUUUGCUCUGCUUUUGGUCAAGAUAGACUGAAAAGCAAAACAGUGGAGGGGUGGCAAAGGUAUGCCCACCACCUCACCAGACACUUGUGCUUUGCAGUAUUAGGAUGCUGGCAGAAGUUGAGGGGGACUAGUGGCCUUCAAGCAGCGGCAGAAUCCUCUCUUGACUUGUGGGCAUUGUGUCCUCUGCACUCCUGCCCACCUCCAGCAGUAUUGGCUCUGGGGCCUUGAGCCCAUCUGAGUUCCAGUGUCCCAACUCCAGACUGUUAAUCUGUAACUAAUGUGUUUUUUUCUGAGAUUUUCAAACUGAUGUAUAUUUUAAGACCAGAAAUAAACUAUUUUAAAAGUAGA